AUGAUACGCUGCAGUGGUCUCCUGGGCGUGUGUUUGAGGCGGUCCCAGCCGCCUCCCGCCGCCCGCUCCGUCUCUAUCGGUGUCAUCGGAGCCGCCUUCGACAAGGGUCAGACCCGCUGCGGCGCCUCGCUGGGCCCGGCAGCCAUUCGAGACACGGGGGUGCUGGACGAGAUCCGCGCCCUCGGCCACAGCGUGCGUGACCUGGGCGACCUGUCUCUGCCCGGCGUGGACUCGGAGUACACCGCCGCCGACGACCGGGCCAAGAUGAGGAACGUCACCAGCGUGGGACGCUUCAACCAGCAGCUGUCGGAUCGCGUGUCGUCCGCGCUGGCGAAGCAUGACGUGGUGGUGACCUUGGGUGGAGACCACAGCAUCGCCAUGGGCACCGUGCACGGCCACGGCCGAACCGUGCGCCACGACAAGCUGGCUGUCCUCUGGGUGGACGCGCACGCGGACAUCAACACACCGCUGACGUCCGGUUCUGGCAACUUCCACGGCAAACCGGUGUCAUUUCUGCUGCGCGGAAUGGAGGCGUUUCACCUAGACCUGCCCGACCUGCGCUGGUGUCGGCCCGUCCUGCUGCCCAGCAAGCUGGUCUACAUCGGCCUGCGCGACGUUGACCCUAUGGAGCGGGUGGCCAUCCAGGAGCUGGGAGUGCGUGCCUAUGCUAUGCGCGAACUGGACCGGCUCGGAGUCGAUAAGGUGGUGGAGAUGGCCCUGGAUCAGCUUGGCGUAGGCGUGGGGGCAGACUCUUCGCUCCACGUCAGCUUCGAUAUCGACGCGCUGGAUCCGUCGGAAGCACCAUCCACGGGCACACCAGUGCGCGGCGGCCUCAGCCUUCGUGAGGGCCAGAUGGUGAUGGAGGAAGUGUGCAAGUGGGGCACACUACGCUCUAUGGACCUGGUGGAGGUGAACCCGCAACUGGGCAGCAGCCAGCAGGCUCUGUACACGGCCGACGCCGCCCGUCACUUGCUACUCUCCACCUUCGGACGCUACCCGCGGCGCUAA